UCUGACUGGUACCAGGCAAAACCCUCCAGUGCAGACAUCCCACAUAUCUCCCUCCAAAAACAAAAGGCAAGGCAGUGAAACCAGGAAAAUGGAGGACGUAAUAACAGAAGCAUCCCCUCCUUCAAGAUUCUUAGAGGAAGAUCUCAACACCUUCACACCCCCAUCUCCACCCGUUACCCCUUUUCCCUCCCUCCACUUCCCCCAACACCAACAGCAACAACAACCCCUAACCCCCAAACUCCUCAUCAUAGCGCUCUCUCCCAUUUCCCUCUCUCUCUUCCACCCCCGCCUCCUCCCUCCCUCCGUUCCCCUCCUCGCAUCCCUUACACUUCCCAACACCAACCCCAUCACUCUCUCUCCUCUCACUCCCAAUUCCUUCCUUCUCUCUGUUCCCUCUUCAAUCCCCUCACACCACUCCCACGCCAUCGCUAAAACCCUAAUUGCCCACCAAAUCCGCCCCGAUUCAGUCCUCAUCUUUGAUUCCCUUUAUCCGUCAAAUUAUCGCGGCCGUCUGCCGUCUGAUGAGGCGGUUGCCUUCAAGCUUGACACCUCCGCCGAGCGGAAGGCCGCCGAAGGGGAGAUGAUUCUAGAAGGACUUGAAUAUUACCCUUCUGGAAGCGUUGUGGAUGGGCUUGCCGCUGCGUUCUUGGCCAGGUGCCAGCUGUUGAACCUCAGGGCGAGUUUGUGUGUUUCCUGGCCUGAGUUUGAUCGUAGCGUCAUGGCGUUGAUUGAGCACUUGCUUCGGAACGGAGUGCUGCGUGGUUGCGAUGGUUUGAGGUUUGGUAGUCAGGUCUUGAGGUUUGGGAGAAAAAAAGGGCGUGGGUUUGAGUCUGAGUUAUAUACUUGACUGUGACUGAAUUUCUUUAUAAUUUUCUUUAAGGCAUGGAUUGCAGAACUUAAAUUGUUGAAUUUUUGGUUUGGUUGGAAAAGCAGAUUUAUUGAUUUGCGAUAUAAGUUAGCUUUGGGCAUAGUUGUGUUGAAACAUUAGUAGUAGUUGCCUUCUUAGUCUAUUAAGUUUUUUUGGUUUUGGUAUGAUUACAGGAACAGCAGUUAACAAUGGAAUUGUUAUAUUGGUGUUAAAUUUUCAAUCUAGGAUUUUGUUCAACACUCAAUUUUAGUUGGAUAAUUUUAUUUUACACCUCUCAGCCUGUUUUGAAUUGAAAACUCUCUCAAUGCUACUGUUGUUGUGUUGUUUUCUGAGCUAAUUGUUGUGUAGCCAAUGGAAAAACUAUUUUCUUGAUGUUUGUUGAAUUGAAUGGAUGAUCUGUUA